AUGGUCUCGUCCUACCCUUUACCGGAGGGCUUCUCCGAGUUUGAUGUUUUCUCGCUGGGAUCGUGUCUGCUGGUCGAGGGUCUGAUGGGCUUUUUCCUAAAUGCGGUCACCAUCGCCGCUUUCCUCAAAGUGAGGGAGCUAAGGACCCCCAGCAAUUUUCUCGUCUUCAGUUUAGCCAUGGCCGACAUGGGCAUCUCCAUGAACGCCACAGUUGCGGCUUUCUCCAGCUUCCUCAGGUAUUGGCCGUACGGCUCGGAGGGAUGUCAGACUCACGGCUUCCAGGGCUUUGUGACGGCUCUUGCCAGCAUCCACUUCAUCGCCGCCAUCGCAUGGGAUCGAUACCACCAGUACUGCACAAGAACGAAGCUGCAAUGGAGCAGCGCCAUCACUCUGGUGAUCUUCAUCUGGCUCUUCACAGCCUUCUGGUCCGCCAUGCCUCUCAUCGGGUGGGGCGAGUACGACUAUGAGCCCCUCAGGACCUGCUGUACUCUGGACUACAGCAAGGGUGACAGGAACUAUGUCUCCUACUUGAUUCCCAUGAGCGUCUUCAACAUGGCCAUCCAAGUGUUUGUUGUAAUGUCCUCCUACCAGUCCAUUGCACAGAAAUUUAAGAAGACUGGAAACACCAAGUUCAACCCAAAUACCCCCCUUAAGACCAUGCUACUUUGCUGGGGUCCAUACGGCCUCCUGGCCUUCUAUGCUGCUGUGGAGAACGCCAACUUGGUCUCACCCAAGCUCCGGAUGAUGGCGCCCAUUCUGGCCAAGACCUCCCCCACCUUCAAUGUCUUCCUGUACGCGUUGGGCAACGAGAACUACCGAGGAGGUAUCUGGCAGUUCCUCACCGGGGAGAAGAUCGAAGUGCCUCAAACUGACAACAAGUCCAAAUAA